AAAAGAAUUCAUACUAUUUCAUAGUUAUAUACGGAUUUAUUCAAACCCUUUUGGUCCCUCCUUUGGGCGUUUUUCAAUAAAUACAACAGUUUUGGGAAUAUUUGUAAAAUAAAAAUAAAAAUAAGGCUGAUGUAGAGAUAUAACUCAAGUGGGCUUUGAUUCCCAAACUCUCUGUUUUAUUGGGCCCAAUAUCUAAUUGAAGUUGUAGCGUGAACCGGUCAAAUUUCAGUAAACCGGAUUUUGAAUCGGGUCGGUUAUUGAUGGGUUUGGCAGAAUCAGAAGUCGUCGUCUUCCCCUCCCCACGAUCGAUCAUGGAAGUGGAUCUGACUCUGUGUUCCAAACCUUCUUUUUAUGAACUUCAUUAGAUUUUUUUGUACUCUCUCUUCCACUAAACUGAGAAAAUUCGAGGUUUAAUACUUCAAAGCUCGUGAAUUUGAAGGAGGAAUGGCGAAACCCAGAAAUAUUUUCGCCGUUUGUUCUAUGCUUAUGUCUUUGUUGUUCGCUUACUCUGCAUCCGUCCAGCUAAACGAUCCUGAUUGGUAUUUCUGGUUUCCGGUGUACGCAAUGGCAUGUGCCGUGAAUCUGAUGAACUGCGGAAUCUCAUCCGGCACAAGAGGAAUCGGACAGAUGAAGAAGACAGCAUUAGGGUUUGGUCUGUUCUUGUUUGUCAAGGUUGUCUUGGAGGAUCUGACGACAAACGCGGCUGGUUUCUUGUCUUUGGAUCUCACUCGCAGAGUCGUCAGAGAGAAAAUCGGAAGUGGGUUAGUGGUGGCUUCCAUGGCUCUGCACCUGCAAGCUUCCUCACAAGAACGCAAACUCAGAGGGGAAAAACACGAUUCGGCGAACUGGCUUCACCUCGGAAUGGGUGCAACAGUUGUCUUUGGUUAUGGACUUCCCGUUUGGUUCUUCACAGUUCAGAAGGGUGAAAUGAAGUUAUGAUCAGACUGUAGUAACUCUCUGUACUCUGUGUGUUCCGUGUUCUUGUCUAAAGAUUUCAGAAAGCUUGUCUAA